CUCCGAACCGGGUUGCCGCCGGCGGAGCCAAGGACUCAAACUCGCUCCAGGGUCUUGGCGGCGGUCCUCCCCGCCCCUCUCGCACCAGGCCCUGAGUCCGGCUCACGCGCGCCCUCCUCUUUGCCCUCUGCCCCCAGCUUGAAGCGUCGGACAUGCUGAAGCCCGGAGACCCCGGCGGCUCGGCAUUCCUCAAAGUGGACCCAGCUUAUCUGCAGCACUGGCAGCAACUCUUCCCGCACGGCGGCGGCGGCCCGCUCAAGGGCGGCGGUGCCGCGGGUCCCCUGGGCGCACCGCAGCCCCUCCAGCCGCCGCCCCCCCCGGAGCGCACUGAGCCCCAGCCGGACAGCCUGCGCCCGCGGCCCGCCUCGCUCUCCUCCGCCUCCUCCACUCCGGCUUCCUCCUCCACCUCGGCCUCCUCUGCCUCCUCCUGCGCCGCUGCCGCCGCGGCGGCCGCCGCCGCCGCGCUGGCCGGUCUCUCGACACUGCCCGUGGCGCAGCUGCCAGUGUUCGCGCCUCUGGCCGCCGCCGCCGUCGCCUCGGAGCCGCUGCCCCCCAAGGACCUGUGCCUCGGCGCCGCCUCGGGCCCGGGGCCCUCCAAGUGCGGAGGCGGAGGAGGCGGCGGCGGCGGCGGCGUCGGGGAUGUUCGGGGCGCCCCGCGCUUCCGCUGCAGCGCGGAGGAGCUGGACUAUUACCUGUACGGCCAGCAGCGCAUGGAGAUCAUCCCGCUCAACCAGCACACCAGCGACCCCAACAACCGUUGCGACAUGUGCGCGGACAACCGCAACGGCGAGUGCCCCAUGCACGGGCCGCUGCACUCGCUGCGCCGGCUCGUGGGUACCAGCAGCGCCGCGGCCGCCGCGCCCCCUCCGGAGCUGCCCGAGUGGCUUCGGGACCUGCCACGGGAGGUGUGUCUGUGCACCAGCACCGUGCCCGGCCUGGCCUACGGUAUCUGCGCGGCGCAGAGGAUCCAGCAGGGCACCUGGAUUGGGCCCUUCCAGGGCGUGCUCCUGCCCCCGGAGAAGGUGCAGGCCGGCGCCGUGAGGAGCACGCAGCAUCUCUGGGAGAUAUAUGACCAAGAUGGGACACUACAGCACUUUAUUGAUGGUGGGGAACCUAGUAAGUCGAGCUGGAUGAGGUAUAUCCGAUGUGCAAGGCACUGCGGAGAACAGAAUCUAACAGUAGUUCAGUACAGGUCGAAUAUAUUCUACCGAGCCUGUAUAGAUAUUCCCAGGGGUACCGAGCUUCUGGUGUGGUACAAUGACAGCUAUACGUCUUUCUUUGGGAUCCCUUUACAAUGCAUUGCCCAGGAUGAAAACUUAAAUGUCCCCUCGACGGUCAUGGAAGCCAUGUGCAGACAGGACCCCCUGCAGCCCUUCAACAAGAGCAGCAAACUCUCCCCUGCCGCCCAGCAGCGCUCCGUCGUCUUCCCACAGACUCCGUGCGGCAGGAACUUCUCCCUCCUGGAUAAGUCUGGGCCCAUGGAAUCAGGAUUUAAUCAAAUCAACGUGAAAAACCAGCGAGUCCUUGCAAGCCCGACCUCCACCAGCCAGCUGCACUCGGAGUUCAGUGACUGGCAUCUUUGGAAGUGCGGGCAGUGCUUUAAGACUUUCACACAGAGGAUCCUGUUACAGAUGCACGUGUGCACACAGAACCCCGACAGACCAUACCAAUGCGGCCACUGCUCCCAGUCCUUUUCCCAGCCUUCAGAACUGAGGAACCACGUGGUCACUCACUCCAGUGACCGGCCUUUCAAAUGUGGCUACUGUGGUCGUGCCUUUGCCGGGGCCACCACGCUCAACAACCACAUCCGAACCCACACUGGAGAAAAGCCCUUCAAGUGCGAGAGGUGUGAGAGGAGCUUCACGCAGGCCACCCAGCUGAGCCGACACCAGCGGAUGCCCAAUGAGUGCAAGCCAAUAACCGAGAGCCCAGAAUCAAUCGAAGUGGAUUAACUGAUUGACUGGUUGGAAUUAAACUUCAAGGAAAGUCAUGAUUAAAUGUCACGGACACUUAAGCAAAACCAAAGAUUUCCUCUGAGCAACUUUCAAUCAGUCCCGGAAAACCAAAAGCAGUAAUAAAAUAAGUAAGAUGUUAAGAGAUAUUGAUCCUGGCGUGGAAGUCAGACCAGGAGAGAGAUUAUUUAUUUAUGACUAGGGAUGAGACUCAUUUCAGUGGACAACUCACCUGGGAUGGCUCACAUUUCCAGUCCCACCGUGUAUUUGCUUUGUUUCUAAAAAGCUUUUUUAAACUGUUAUUUAAUACCAAAGGGGGGAAUCAGAUGGGUUCUUCUGCCCACAGUUGUGACUCAGAAUGCACAGGGACUUGUUUCUCGUUGCACCUUUUUUAGUAGCAUGAUUCAAGGGGACCCAUUGUACAGCCCUCUUCCUGCUGUUUCAGUUUGGCCUGGCCUGCCUCAGGCUGCCCAGCAGGGACCACAGAUUCGGGAGCCAGAGCCUUCGCUGAGCCCAGGCCAUCUUCAGCCCCACGGGGGCUCCAUUUCUGUGUUUUCCACACUUACUAUUUCUCAUGCACUUUUCUCACGGCUCCUUCCGUCCAGCAGCCUGGUCUUGAUGCAGAAGAGCCUGGAAG